UGGGUACCGGGACUAUGGGGAAGCUGGUGGUGCUGAUCCUGCUGGGGGUCGGCCUGGCCGUGGUCGGGGAGAGGUUUGUGGCGCUCAGAGAGAGGAUUAAUGCAUUUCGAGACUUGGAGCCAGUAGAACCUCCUAACUGCCACCUCAUUGAGGGAAUUGAAAAUGGCUCUGAAGAUAUUGAUAUACUUCCCAGUGGGCUGGCUUUUAUCUCCAGUGGAUUAAAAUAUCCUGGCAUGCCAAGCUUUGCACCAGAUGAGCCAGGACAAAUCUUCCUGAUGGAUCUGAAUGAGCAGAGCCCAAGGGCCCAGGCACUGACAAUCAGUGAUGGUUUUGACAAAACAUCAUUCAAUCCACAUGGGAUCAGUACUUUCAUUGACAAAGACCAUACUGUGUACCUUUAUGUUGUGAAUCAUCCCCACAUGAAGUCUACUGUGGAGAUAUUUAAAUUUGAGAAACAACAACGUUCUCUGGUUCACCUGAAAACUAUAGAACACGAACUUCUCCAAAGUGUGAAUGACAUCGUGGCUCUUGGACCAGAACAGUUCUAUGCCACCAGAGACCACUAUUUUACCAGCCACUUCUUGUCACUAUUAGAGAUGUUCAUAGAUCUUCAGUGGACUUAUGUUCUUUUCUAUAGUCCAAGGGAGGUCAAAGUGGUGGCCCGAGGAUUUAGUUCUGCCAAUGGGAUCACAGUCUCACCAGACAAAAAGUAUAUCUAUGUAGCUGAUGUAAUGGCUAAGAACAUUCAUGUAAUGAAAAUUCACGAUAACUGGGAUUUAACUCGACUGAAGGUAAUACAGUUGGACACCUUAGUGGAUAACUUAACUGUCGAUCCUGACACAGGAGAUAUUUGGGCAGGAUGCCAUCCUAAUGCCAUGAAGUUGCUGAUCUAUAACCCCAAGGAUCCUCCAGGGUCAGAAGUACUUCGCAUCCAGGAUGUUCUGUCUGAGAAGCCCAGGAUAAGCACGGAGUAUGCCAACUCGGGCUCUGUGCUUCAGGGCAGCUCUGUGGCUUCUGUGCACAACGGGAGACUUCUCAUAGGCACCGUAUUUCACAAAGCUCUGUACUGUGUGCUCUAGACUCCAGAUGAGCCAAGAGUCUACAGGUUUAGUGAAAGUAAAACCCUAAUUCUAGAAUGAGGGGACUGCAAGUAAAUCACAAACACCAACAAAAGUGUGUCUGGCUUUCCUUACGGAUAGAAUUAAAGAAGCAGAGAGAUUCCAUAAUAUUCACCAAGUUGCAAGUCAAGAUAGUGAUGUCCAACAAUGAGCCAAAUCUCUCAACUGUUUUGGUCCAGUACUCCCAGUAUUCUUUCCACCUAGGACUCCUUGGUAACUGUGUGUCAAAAUCACCUCCUACAACUGUCAUGUUCUGAGCCUACUGCAAUCCAGCCCAGGAGAAAAUCUAAUGUUCAAAUAUUUACAAGUCCCUUUCACUUUCUCCAAUUGCACUAGGCACACACUGCUUAUCAAAUGCCCAGCCCAUGGAUAAAAGCAAGAAUUAGCAUCAUGAGACUCUCUCCAAAGCCCUCCUCAAACUUGCAUUCUUCCCAAUACA